CUUUACCAAAUUGUCAUAAGCACUUGGUUAUAACGAACAACAUUAACUGUUGUGUUAAGUUCGUGUUUCCUUCGCUCAGUGUCGUGCAACGUUUUCAGAUGCUAUGAAUGUCACUGUUAAUCAUCCAGCGUUUAAUGUCUCGCAUGAAGAAUGUUCUCUCUCAGUUGCUCAUGGUAUCACCCUGAUAUCAAUCAAUUCUAUCUUGUGUGUUUUGGGAACAUUUGGUAACAUACUGGUUUGCGUGGCAGUUUCCAUAAAUCUUCGUCUUCGCCGACCGUCAAACUUCCUUCUUUUCAGCUUAGCCAUCGCCGAUUUGAUCGUCACCAUGGUUUGUGAGCCUCUUGUUGUAGCCAUCCUCGCUAAGAUCACGUUCGUCAAGGACUGUGCAGCCAACUUGGAACUAUUGUACAAGAUAACAUCCAGAGUGUCCUGCUCUGCUUCAGUGGUGCACCUGGCAGCGAUCAGUGUGGAUCGUCUGUUAGCCGUGAUGUAUCCUCUCGGUCAUGAGAUCAUGAUGCAGAAGUACGGGCUGAAGAUUAUGAUCAUCGCUUGUUGGACCUUCUCCUUGGCGGUUCCUGUCAUUAGCGCCGUUGUUCCAGAUUCCUUCCCAAAAGCUUUUCUUGGAGCAGGGACCUUCGCCGCGAGUUACAUCAUCAUUAUAGUGUCCUAUUCGCUGAUCAUGAUAUUUUUGAUCAGAUUAAAGAAGAAAAGACGCCAGAAUAAAGGUCAGACACCGUCCGUACACGUCACUUCUCGAGUUGAGGCGCGUGUGGCCUGCACGCUGGCGAUAGUAAUCGCUGUUUUCACUGCUUGCUGGUUUCCACUGGUUAUCACCUUGUUCGUGGCAGGUAAGCCGCUUAUCCAGCCUCAGGGAGUGGCUCACAUGUGGAUCAGGACUCUUGCUCUGUCAAAUUCUGCCAUGAACUUUGCAAUCUACACUUUCAGAAUCCGAGACUUCUACGAGGCGUAUGGCUCGAUCUGUCGGAGAAUCUGCAGUUUUUUUCUCUGCAGGACUCAAGCAUCGCUAAAUUUGCCUCAGUGAUUGUUUU